AUGUUGAAGAUAUUCUUGAAAAUCCUUACUGUCCAAAAGGCUAGCAGUGUUUGUUCCAAACCAAUCAGCUUAAUCCGUUACAUGCCGGAAUCAAGAGAUGAUAGAAAACCAAAAGUCUUGAUGGAAGAAUACAAAAUAAAGGAAUAUGCUAACGAUUAUGGAUUCUCUGAUGAUUUCUUUACUGUUGAAAAGUUUAAAAAAGACAUGAAAAUUAAAAUCGAAAAGUGCAAAGAUUUGGAACUUGAAUUUGAUAUGAUUGGAGUUAGUCCUGCUGUAGCAAAUGCAUUUAGACGAAUAAUGAUUAGUGAAGUUCCAUCAAUGGCUAUAGAAAAAGUGUACAUCUACAACAACACAUCAAUUAUUCAAGACGAAAUUUUAGCACACCGGUUUGGAUUAAUUCCUUUGAAAGCUGAUCCUCGCUCAUUUGAAUAUAAAUUGGAAGAAGCUGAAGAAGGAACUGAACUCGAUACUUUAGAGUUUCGUUUUGAAGUAAAAUGUACAUGGAAGAACAAAGAUUGCAAAGAAGGGAGAAACUUUGAUGCAAUGUAUAAGAAUCAUAACGUGUAUUCAAGUCAAAUGAAAUGGAUACCCAAAGGAAAACAGGGAACGUUAUUGAGUGAAAAUGAUGUAGGACCAUGCGAAUCUGAUAUUUUGAUCUGUAAGAUGAGACCUGGUCACGAGAUCAAUUUAAAAAUGCUUGCUGUAAAAGGCCUUGGAAGGGAUCAUGCAAAAUUUUCUCCAGUUUCCUGCGCAUCUUAUCGUUUACUUCCAGAUAUCAAAAUAACUCGAGAAGUCUGUGGUCGUGAUGCUAUUCUCCUUCAGAAAUGUUUUUCUCCAGGUGUUAUUGAAAUCGAUAAGAAUCAAUGUGCAUUUGUAAAAAAUGCACGAUAUGAUAAUUGCAGUAGAAAUGUUUACAGAUUUCCACACUUAACAGAUGCUGUAACAAUGAGUCGAAUUAGAAAUCAUUUCAUCUUCACUGUAGAGUCAUUGGGGGCGUAUAAACCGGAAGAUAUAUUCAUUGAAUCUGUUAAGGUUUUGAAAAGAAAAUGUCAGACGCUUCUCCAAGAUUUGAAAACUGAACUUUUAAAGAUUAUGUCAUCAAGAAUAUUAACAAGAUGUUCAAGUUUUUUCACGAACAAUCUCGUGAGGCGUACACCGGUUCGAUGGAAUACCACAGGAAACCCAAAUGAAACACAAGGAAAGCCUCAAGAUACUUCAACUGCAGGAAAAACUACAUCAGGUGGAUCAGCAGCACUAAAAGACCAACGAGCAGGAAAGGGUAAAGGUCCAGUGACAUGGAAAUCGCUUUCAGUUGCUCUUGUUGGGGGAGCUGGUUUGCUUGGUUUCAUGUGGUAUGUUAAAGACGAAAAGGAUCAGGCAAUAUUAAGAGAACGAAAACGAAUGCUUGGAAAAGCUGCAAUCGGAGGACGAUGGGAACUUAUUGAUUCGCAAAAGAAACUAAGAAAAUCUGAAGAUUUCCUUGGUCAAUGGCUAUUAAUAUAUUUUGGAUUCACCCAUUGUCCAGAUAUUUGUCCCGAAGAACUUGAGAAAUUAGCGACUGUUGUCGAUACACUGGAUAAAAUGGAGAAACCUCAAAAAGCUCAACCGCUUUUCAUCACAGUUGAUCCUCUUCGUGACACACCAGAACUUGUAGAAAAAUAUAUCAAAGAGUUUUCGCCAAAAUUCAUAGGACUAACGGGAACUGUCGAUCAAGUAAAGACAGUUUGCAAAGCCUUCAGAGUGUACUUUAGUGCUGGCCCUAAAGAUGUUGAUGACGAUUACAUUGUUGAUCAUACUAUCAUCAUCUACCUUGUAAACCCUGAUGGUGAAUUUGUUGAUUACUAUGGUCAAAGCCGAAACGCCUCUGCAAUUACCGACUCAGUUCUCGUUAAUAUGGCAAAAUACGAUCAGAUGAAUAAGAAAGGAUGGUUUUAAUCAAUUAACUUUGAGUUUCACUUUUUUCAUUCAAUAUUUUAUCAUUUGUAUUCUUGUUUCAUAGCUAACACAUUAGAAAAUCUGUAAUAAAUAACAUUCGAGGAAAA